CUGUGGUGAGCGCAAAGCGACCAGCCUCGCAGCACACACGCGGUCACCGAAAUGCGCCAAAACAUGCUACGUCCGCGACUAGACGACGAAUAACACCACCGCGGCUACUCAUAUCACCGGAAGUGCACUCUUCCUAACUGGAGCGCUUUUAUUUUUUAUUUUCUGCUGCAACCAACCAUCCUCCUCACUCCUCACUCCUCCUCCUCCUAUUCGUCCUCCUCCUCAUCAUCAGACCUCCUGCAGAUGAACGCCGUGAGUGCAUGAAAGACUCACUGGCAGCUCGGACGACAAAACCGGACCAUUGCGUGUGGUGGGUUUGACAGAGAGGGAGAGAGAAAAUACACCCCUGAGCGUCCCUUCCACCAUGGCGUUAACGAUCUGCACGAGAUUUACCGACGAAUAUCAGCUGUUUGAGGAGCUGGGGAAGGGAGCCUUUUCCGUGGUCCGCAGGUGCGUGAAGAUCUCCUCUGGUCAAGAGUAUGCUGCCAAAAUCAUCAACACCAAGAAGCUCUCUGCCAGAGAUCAUCAAAAGCUGGAGAGAGAGGCGAGGAUCUGCCGUUUACUGAAGCAUCCCAACAUUGUGCGCCUCCAUGACAGCAUAUCAGAGGAGGGCUUCCACUAUUUGGUGUUUGAUCUCGUGACGGGAGGGGAGCUCUUCGAGGACAUCGUGGCCCGCGAGUACUACAGCGAGGCUGAUGCCAGCCACUGCAUCCAACAGAUUCUGGAGAGUGUCCAUCACUGCCAUGUUAAUGGGAUCGUCCACAGGGAUUUGAAGCCUGAGAACCUUCUAUUGGCCAGUAAGCUGAAGGGGGCGGCUGUCAAGUUAGCUGACUUUGGGCUGGCUAUCGAGGUGCAGGGGGACCAGCAGGCAUGGUUUGGCUUUGCUGGUACCCCAGGGUACUUGUCUCCUGAAGUUUUGAGGAAAGAUCCAUAUGGGAAGCCAGUGGAUAUGUGGGCCUGCGGAGUGAUUUUAUACAUUCUGCUGGUUGGCUACCCUCCAUUCUGGGAUGAAGACCAGCACCGCCUUUAUCAACAAAUCAAGGCUGGGGCCUAUGAUUUCCCAUCCCCCGAGUGGGACACCGUAACUCCCGAGGCCAAAGAUCUGAUCAACAAGAUGCUCACCAUCAACCCCAGUAAACGCAUCACUGCUUCAGAAGCCCUCAAACAUCCCUGGAUCUGCCAACGGUCCACUGUAGCUUCCAUGAUGCAUAGGCAGGAGACUGUGGAGUGCCUGAAAAAAUUCAACGCCAGGAGGAAACUCAAGGGGGCCAUACUGACCACUUUGCUGGUCACAAGAAACUUCUCAGCAGCCAAGAGUUUGCUGAACAAAAAGUCAGACGGCGUUAAGGUAAACAACAAAGCAAACACAGCGACCAGUCCUAAAGACACUGGCCCUGCCCCUGCACUGGAGCCUCAGACGACUGUGAUCCACAAUCCUGUGGAUGGAAACAAGGAGUCCAUUGAGAGUGCCAACACCACCAUUGAAGACGAGGACGUGAAAGCCCUUCGUCUGGGCAGCUUAGUGAGCGGUAUCUUGAGCUCUAAGAGCCGUUCCUCACAGAUGUCUGAGUCAAGGCAGACUCCCACCUCCUCAUUUCAAACCUGCACCAAUAACACUAAAGCUCGCAAACAGGAAAUUAUCAAAGUCACCGAGCAGUUAAUUGAGUCAAUCAACAAUGGAGACUUUGAGGCUUAUGCGAAGAUUUGUGAUCCCGGUCUGACUUCCUUUGAACCGGAGGCACUGGGAAAUCUGGUGGAAGGACACGACUUCCACCGCUUUUACUUUGAGAAUGCCCUGUCUAAAGGGAACAAGCCAGUGCACACCAUUCUCUUGAACCCGCACGUUCACCUGAUCGGGGAGAACGCGGCGUGCAUCGCCUACAUUCGCCUGACCCAAUACAUGGACGGCGGUGGCAUGCCGCGCACCAUGCAGUCCGAGGAGACCCGCGUGUGGCACCGCCGUGAUGGCAAGUGGCAGAACAUCCACUUCCACCGCUCCGGCUCACCCAGCAUCCCCUCCCACUAAUGGAAUAUCAUAUGGCGAUGAAAGAAAGAACAGCAUCCCAUCCCAUCAUCAGUGUGAGUAGGGCAGUUAAGCCAACCCGUGACGACUGCUCUGCAACCUUUGACCCUCUAAAGACAUGGCACAGGACACAAGUAUGAAUACAUUUUACAGUUACGGCAUUUAAUCAAUGGACUUCAUUCUUAUGAAACCACCUGCGAGUGGCUGCACACAGUAUUAGGACAUUAUGAAAUGAGCAUAUGAGCAUCUCUUCUUUUUUGUUUGUUUUUUUUUUAAGAUGUUUUGGUAUGCAUUUGAAAUAUAUCGAUUAGAAAUCAACUGCUGUAACCUCUCCUGGAAAUGAAUUGUGUAUUUUUAGGUGUAUUUCUGUGCGUGUCUUAUAAAACAAUUGGAAGAUCCGAAUGUUCAAAUUGAGCUUGCUUUAGUUCUGGUGAUGUAUAUAGACAUUGUGAUCGUUGAAGAAAACACUAAACAAAUGUUGAAAUUGCUAUUCUUGCUAUCAGAGGAAUGACCAGUUUGUCAAAUCCGAUUUACAAACUAUAUUUAUGUUUGCUAUGAGCUAUAAGUCAUACCGUUUGAAUUGUCUGACUUCGACAUAUAAUACUAAUUUAAAUGUAAAGAAAGCAGAGCUUACACUUUGCAUUGGAAUUUGUUUGCCUUUAUAUCAGUGAUAUAAGAAAUACGAGAAUGUAGCAUAUAUGUAAUAUAUGAACAUCCAAGACUAUCGUGUAGUGCAUGUGGGGAGGGGGGGCGGUGGGGGACUCUUGAGUAAGAUUAUAUGAAACUCUAAUAUCUUCUGUUUGAGUUGUGGACUCACUGACUUGUUUGUUAAUGUUGUGCACCAGUCCUGUCCCAAAUGUUUCUACUGUCCUCCAGUGUCAAGGAACUGUUGUAAAAAAACAAAAAAAACAAAAACAAGCCCACAACAAAGUUCAUAGCUGCGUAUGGAGGGGAAGGGUGGAGAUAACAGCAACAAAAAAAGCACUUCUUAGGUUUUGUAUAAACAUGUUUAGGAAGUAAGCUCAUUUUUUUUCAUGUUUGUACUUGUGUAUUGUAUGACUGUACGUAUAGGCUUUUCUGUUUUUUUUCUCCCAGCGUGUCUCAUUGCCAAUUGCACAGACAUGAUGACGAAGAAGAUAAAGUUGGCGCCUUCGCAUCAAUUGUCAACUUUGCUAAACUCGCAUGACAGAUUUGAAGGCGGAGUCAGACAACAGAUGUGAGGGAUAUUUCCCUCGAGCAUUACUCGCAGGACAACAAACACGUGUCCUUAUCAUCUUCUCAACUGAUUUGUCGACCUUUUUUUUUUUAAAUGGCAAAAUACAGAAAACCUUCCUUUUGAUGAAGCGUACGAUGUCAAUUCAAUGCACAGCCCCUUAACUGGUGUGGAACUGUUGCCGGCCUGGCAAUGGAUUUGGCUUAUCAUGUUUAAGAAGUAAAUAAAUCAGCUAAACCGUG